AGCUUCUAAUGGUCGUCUUGUGGAGCUGCCCGAGCUGUGGCCGCAUACGGAGGAAUCCUCAACCUUGACCUCAGAGUAUUAUGAAUUUUCUGAAAUCAGGGAUAAAGAGCUGGUACUUGGAUUUACUGUCUUUUUAUUGCAUGGGUUUUACUGCAAAAGAACAGACAUGAUCACCUUUUAAGUUCCCUUAUCAUCAUGUGAAUUAACAUUAGUUUCCCUGGUUCGAGUCAGCUACAGCCAUUCUGUCAAAGAGAAGGCUCUGAACUUGAACUCUCCUGGUGAAACUUGGCCAGGAUUUUCCAGCUCGAGCUGCAUUUCACCCUGGAACACAAGCCACUGAGCUCCCUGGACUUGAAUUUUCAACUUGAUUAACCAACUGGAGCCGUUUUGCGUAGGCAACAGGGACUUAGAGGGAAUUGUCGAGCAGGGUUGGAGGUAGCCAGUAGAGCACAAUUUAUUUUGUGGACGCUCACCAGCAUUCCAGAGUGAUGUACAGAUCAGUUGCCUUGACAAGAACAUCAGAUCCCCAGCUAUCCUGUCCCGAGAAGCCAUCAAGAGGAGAGAGACCCCAGACCAUUUAGCGGACCUCAUGUUUCUUACCAUGGACCUGGGCCUUUUGCCAAUGGAUGGAAGCCCCUGGCCAGUGAGGUCUCCUCUACAGUGUUUAGAACUUCCUGGGCAGUGAGCGCCACUGAGAUCUGAGUCAACGGAACUGGAACAAGGACCCUCAUAGCUUUUUGCUUUUGUUUCUACCAAUCUGACAUCAUACAUGGCUACUGAUGGCAAUGAGCUUCAGGUUCCCUUGCGUCAGAAGCAGAGAAAGAAAACUCAAGGUUUUUUCAGCAUGAGUCGAAGGAGGAUAUCAUGUAAAGACCUGGGGCAUGCUGACUGCCAAGGGUGGCUCUAUAAGAAAAAGGAGAAAGGAACUUUCCUAGGCAACAAAUGGAAAAAGUUCUGGGUGGUCCUGAAGGGGUCGUCGCUGUACUGGUACAGCAAUCAGCUGGCAGAAAAAGCUGAUGGAUUUGUUAACCUGCCUGAUUUCACAGUAGAGAAAGCGUCUGAAUGCAAGAAAAAGCAUGCUUUUAAGAUCAGUCAUCCACAGAUCAAGACCUUUUAUUUCGCUGCUGAGAAUGUGCAGGAAAUGAACCUGUGGUUAAACAAAUUGGGAUUAGCUGAAAUCCAUCCUGAAUCCACUUCAAAGGAUGAAGAAUGCUACAGUGAGAGUGAACAGGAAGAUCCUGAAAUAGCGGUCCAGACGCCACCCCUUCAUCACUCUGCAGAAAGUCUCUCUCCUUCGGCUGCACAGCGGGCAUCUUCGUCUUCACCCAAAUUGAGUGAAACGUCACGUUCCUUCUCUUCCAUGGAAAACAUAAAAAAGACUCCCAGCAGUCUGUCUUCCUCCAUAUCGAGAGAAAGACAGUCCUGGAUUGACAUGGUGAGCAGCUCAUCUGCCACUGAAGAUACGGGAAAGUCUGUGACAUGUGCGGUGCAGUUGCUCUCACCUGCCCCCUCAGAGGCAAACGGCCGCGGGGCCCUAGAAAACAACGCUGACGCGUCAGAAAGCGGAUUUUUGAACUCUCUAUCGAGUGAUGACACUUCUUCCUUGAGUAGCAAUGUUGACCAUCUUACCGUCCCAGAUAAGCCUGCUGGAUCAAAGAGGACAGACAGAGAAGAGACAAAAGCCUCCGAAGAUGAUGAAAUGGAGAAGCUCUACAAAUCGUUAGAGCAAGCUAGUCUGUCUCCUCUUGGGGACCGACGACCUUCAACCAAAAAGGAGCUGAGAAAGUCCUUUGUCAAGCGGUGCAAGAAUCCAUCCAUAAAUGAGAAACUCCACAAAAUACGAACUUUGAAUAGCACAUUAAAGUGUAAAGAACAUGACCUGGCCAUGAUUAACCAGCUGCUGGAUGAUCCGAAGCUGACAGCCAGGAAAUAUAGGGAGUGGAAACUCAUGAACACCCUGCUGAUCCAGGACAUCUAUCAGCAACAUCAGCAGAGGCGAACCCCCACGUCUGCCUCCGAAGGCUCCCCCCAGAAACCACCUUCCUCUGCCCGCCUUGAAAAUUCUAUUUGAAAACAAGCCAGGAUGCUCUCCUCUCCUGUCUUACCCCUCAGGCAACUCUUCAAGACGUUGCGAGAGCUUAACAUUUUUCCUUGUAAAGGAAAACUGAAACCCAGUUCCUGGAAACACCAGCUCCUCCUGGAGGGAUGCGGUUGGGAUGAAAACAAAUGAUGAUGCUGCCUCACCAAUUCCAGUACUCGCAUCGGACUGGAGGGAUGGAGUUCAGCUGAGAAAACAGUGUCUGUAUUCCUUCUGGGACUCCCGACCACGCUGGGUUCUAGGUGGGAUAUGCAAACCAUAUUUUCUGUUUCUUGUUCUCAAGAGAAGGACAGCAUUCCACGGGCUGGAUCACUUUUGACCAGGGAUACUUCUUCAUAGAAAUAUUCCAUUUUCCAAAAGAAGAAUGUACAUAUUCCAUCUGGUUGGGUAGCUGAGUUCCCCAAAUCACCUUUUGAGUGGAGGAAUGCUUUCUACAGAGCACCCGGAGCAGGACAGAUGUGGCAUCAUGGAACCCAAAUUCCUUGCCUUUGGUCCAGAAUGGUGGUGCCUUUCCCAUGUGUUGAGAAAUGUUUCAUAGCAAAUGGUGUAUGGGAACGCUCAAGAAAGAGACGUGUUCUGUAUUCCACUCAUUCAAAGGACAGCUUAAUAUUUUCACACUUUGGGUUGAGGUCGGGGACCUGAUUCAUGUGUCCUUUCCACGGAACAGCUAAAGACAACUCUCUCAUCACACUCGGACACCUCUAUUCCGACCUAAGCUUUUCUGAACCAGGACGUAGUAAUACAUCCAGCGAGGAAUGUUUCCUGCCAUGGCCCUUGGGUGCAGUAGCUAUGCAUGGUAUAAAUGUACAUCCAGGGAGCUCCCUGGUGGUUCAGUGGUUAGGACUCCAUGCUCGCAGUGCCGAGGGCUCAGGUUCAACCCCUGGUCGGGGAAUUAAGAUCCCACAAAAAGCACAACAUGGCCAUUAAAUAAAUAAAUGUGUAUCCGCGAUCCCCAGGAUCCAUAUUGACAAGGUGAUUCUGGUGUCUGAAAUUUACUCCAAAAAAAAAAAAAAAAAAGAGUUAAAAGAUGAUUGUUUUAUUUUUGUAUGGUUAUGUGUCACUGUGUCCUAUGUGAAUAGCUAUCUAUAAUAUGUUUGUUAUUUAAAGAUAUUUAUAGAAGUUCAGAUUACUAAUGUCUUAAAAGAGGCUAUAUACUAUGGUAUGUUUUGUUCAGUAUAUAUUUCAAAGUAUAUACUUUUUGCUUGAGAAAAAUAGAAAUACUAUGGGUACACUGGAGUUAUGAUAUUGCACUAUAAUGUCUGAGGAAUGCUCAGGAAAUCUUGUGGGAUAAAUGUAGGGCAUGCAUUGCUAAUAAUAAUCUUUAUUUUUUGGCUUUUCUCUCUGCUUCUGUCUCUGUCCCCAGAACGCUUAGGUUUCUAUUUGUUGUAAACCUUUCUCCUAACCAGAAAAGGACUUUCCUUUUACAUCAUCCCUUCUAGUAAAUACACUUUAAGGUUUAUGCCAUUUAUGCCCACACAUCCUAAACCAAAUGAAGCACAACUAAUGCAGUCUUCUGAAGACUAUUAGACUAAUACGCUUAAAGGGAACUCAUUUUAUUAGAGAAAUGAGAGGCAAAUCUCCACUCACUAAUCACCAUGAAUACUUCUCUCCAUAAGAAUAACCACAUCAGAGACCCAUUUCAGCCUGACCUCGAGCAAAUUGUCAACACAACCUCAUUGGCUUUGUAGUGUCAGAGUGUGUGGCUUGACAUUCAAAUGGAAAUACCCGCCCCCCACCUCCGAAUUUUAUCUGCAAGCUAAAUGGAAAUAGUUGUUGAAAAUUUCCCUAAGCUUUACUAAGAGGUCUCAAUACUUUGUAAACAAAAAACAACUUUAAACCAAACAAAAAGCACGUUGUAAUACUAGAAGCUUCUGAGAGAUAAAGGCCAAGCUGGUCAGUUUGACCCAGUGAGCAUUUAGGUGCUGUUGCCCCAGGUGGAACUGUUAACCCUGAGAGAAGGAACCAUUCAGGUCCUUAGGCUGGACCCUGAAGCUUCUGGUUUGAAGCCUGGUGUUUCAUCCUCUUUACUCUAGAAAUUAUCAUUGAUUCUGCCUAUAAUUAGCAGCAUCUAAUUCUUCAUGUUUCCAUUGUUUCCCCA